AUGCGCGCAUCUGCUGCCGUGUUGAUCUUUGCUGCCUUUGUCGCUAGGACAACAGCUUAUUACAAUUACACCUUCCCCGCUGGCUUCAACCUGGGGCUUAUCAGUCAAAGUGAUCUAUCAAACUGGUGUCUAGGCGAGCGCAACACCUGCCCUCAAAUUUGCGGAGGAGCCGCCUCGCCCAAUGACUGCGACCCGACAACCCUGAACUUUGACUGCACCUGCAUCAAUGGAACUGUUCCAGAUGUGUCUAUCUACAUUAAUACCAUUCCCUUCUAUGUGUGCCAAGCGAAUUUCGCUCAAUGCAUCAAAAACCAUCCCAACGACCAACAGGGCCAGGACCAAUGUAGUGCAAGCGCUACUUGUGGAAGCCUGACUGCAAGCGUUGCCUCUUCUACCACUUCGACUUCCAGCGUUGCUUCGAGCACCUCUACCUCAGUGUCCAAGGUCACGACCUCUGCAUCGCCCACCGCAGCAACCGCGUCCGCCACCUCCACCCACACUGGUGCCGCUGUCGCCCUUCACGCCGCCCAAGACCACUCCGUUGGCUUCGUUGCUGCGGGCGCACUCGCAGUGUUUGGCUUGAUGAUCUAA